UGCAAUUUAAAUUUUCCCUUCUAUUAAAUUCUGAACAUCUCUCUCCUCUGGGCUACGUUAACGUCGAAGCGGUUAUUUAUUUAUUUACAUAUUUAUAUUUAUUACUGCUGUUCUGGCACUCGUUGCAUUUUGCGCUUCUCAUGUUAUUCAAUUUUUGUUCCACCCCACUGCGGCGACAGGUUCCAAAAACUCUAUCUUUUUAAGGAUUUUUCGUGGAUUUGAACUCUGUUUGAUACCUUGUUCAGUAUGGAACCCAUGGCGGUUGUGUUGGAUGUGAGUUCGGACGAAGAAGAGGAAGUGGCGUGUUUGGAAGACAAGAAAGGGAGGAACAUGACCAUUGAUUUUGACUGGGUGAAGGAGUUUCUGGACAUUUCGGACGAGGAAUCGAACGAGGUUGCUGUGAUGCACGAGGUGAACAAACCUCAACGCAAGUCGAAGAAGUCUUCGAUAUCAACGCCAAGCGUGGACGAUGACGAUGAUGAUUGUGUGGUUCUGGAUACUGACCCUGAAAGCCGAGUCACUACUGUUGAUGACUCGUCAACUGGGUCAGACGAGGUGGUUGUUGUUGGGGAGAAGGGUCAGAUUGCGUGCAGAGACUAUCCUCAUCCCCGGCAUCUUUGUGUCUUGUUUCCUUUUUCUUCCACCCCCCAUGAGAAACACUGUGACCAAUGCCACUGUUAUGUGUGUGAUUAUGUCGCACCAUGUCCGAAGUGGGGCACUGGCUUUUUAGGUACAGAUCACUGUCAUGCGACCGAGAAAUCUGAGACAUGGAGAAGUCUGAGGAAAAAUUUCAAGUUGGGCAAGACUGCUCCAUUACCGGCUUCAACAAACCACUGUACUUUGAGUGAUGUCACAAAUUCCCAACAAAAUCAUAUUCUUCCUUUUCGUGUGAUGUCUCCAAAUUCCAUGUUGCUGAAUCAGACAUCAAUAUCAACUGCAACACAUACAUGCUCCCCAGUAAAUUUCAUACCUCAAAAUCAAGCCUCUAGGCCAAUUACUACUAUAAUGCAUACAUGCUCCUCACUAAAUUCUAACUUCCAAAACCAUGUAUCCAGGCCAAAUACUGUCCCUUCCAUUGCCACCAACUUUACAAUCCCGUCUUGUAUAAACCAUGGAAGAUAUGGAGAGUUGGUAUCUACUUUGGUGAGAAACAGAUACCAGUCUCAUUCUAUUCCACCGCAUUCGCUAGGUGUGCACAAUCGUGCCAUCCAAAGGGUGCGGCAACAUGGAGUUGGCACUUUAGUGCCUCAGUUCCAUUCUCACACAUUUCUUAAUGGGUUAGGCAGUGUUGGUGUUGGGAGCACCUUGCCAAUGAACCAUUCUACUCAUGGCGCUUCUGGUGGCUUCAUCAAUAAUGACAAUCCAGCACAGCAAUAUCCCAAUUAUCAUGCUGCAACAGGAUUUUCAAAUAAUAGCAGAACUUCUUAUGGACAAAAUGCUUAUGCUUAUGUCCCCCAAAAUUUUGGGUACCCUAAUCCAUUCUCUCAACUGAAUAACCUCAGCUCCGUCAGCAAUUAUAGUACUGCUCAUGAAACCCAAGCAUCUUAUCAAUCAAAUGGUAGCCAGAAUAUUUAUGCAUAUUCUGUUCAAGGUGACAAUGCUCCUUCAAGUAAUAAUGUGGCUGGCCUGAGUAGAGUUGAAAAUGCUUGUGGAAAUGUAACCCAAAGUGGAACUACAAGGCAAUAUUCUUGCCAACAGAAACCUCAUGAUGCGAGUCUAAUUGAAGCUGCAUUGAAGGCAGACAGGAUUGGGGAUGCCAAUCAAAGCAAUCCUCAUCAACAAAGUUCAGAAUCUAUGAACAUAUCAUCCAGUGCCACCCAGUUUACUGGAAGCACCCGUCUUAGCAAUGAAAACUCUGUCCCGGUUGGAGCUGAUGGAGCUUUGGCAUCUGAACUGAAUGCAUCUCCUGAUCUUAGCACAUUUGAUGGGGCCUUCUACUUUGAUUUUGAAACCACUUGGGAUUGUCUGGCACGUGUCUAGUCUAGAACAUUAGCUUAGUAACGUUAUCAAUGAUGAUGAGUCUUCAAGGUAACGAGCCAAGAGUUCUGCUACUUGCUUUAUAAAUGGAAGAGCUCAGAACCUGCUAGUGCUAGAUAUCUAUGGCUAGUGGCAACAUAUAUAUGUCAAUACUUAUGACUUGCUGACUCUGAGGAUCUCAUAUGUGAUUAGAUUUGAUGUAGUUCCCAUUGCAUAUAAGUUUCAUGCAUUACAGGUUUAAUCUUCGAGCUUAGAAGCCUAGCACCAACCAAUGGGAAGUGCAGGAUGCUAACAUAAGAAGGAAGUGAGUGAAAGUACAAUAAUUGAGAAGCAUUGUUUUA